UUCGCAGCUUACCAAGAAUCGGGGAUAGACACACAACCCCAGGCGUUCUCCUUUUCAGCAUUCGUCUUCGCCGCCUCAAAUACUUCACUGGUUGCCAUCAUCCUCAUCUUCGUCUUCUUCUCAAUUCGCCUUUUCCUUCGAAGUAACAGUUUCUCCCGAAAACAUAUACUAGAAUCCCCUUGAAUUCGACAAUCAACCAUGGCCUCUCUGGCCACCAAUUUCCUCCUUCACCCUUCUCCGACAGAGCCCAACAGGCUUCUCCCAUCCUUCCUGAAUGGCAGGAUCCUUUCCUCUACUAGGCCAAGGAAGCUGUUGUCCAAGAAGUUCAAUCACUCCAGGGUCGUCGCGUCCGCGGAUUCCGACGGGGCGAAGCUGCUUGACAGACCGCCGUCGCCGACGCCGAGCUCGAACGAUGCUAUUCAGCAGUUCCUGGAACGAGAUUACAAGUGGGGAUUCGUCUCCAACGUCGAUUCCUUCUCCCUCCCGAAGGGCCUCUCGGAGGACACCGUCCGCGCCAUUUCAGCCCGAAAGAAGGAGCCCGAGUGGAUGCUCGAAUUCCGCCUCAACGCCUUCCACAAGUGGCUCAAGAUGGCGGAACCGCUCUGGUCGGACAACCGCUAUCCGCCCAUCGAUUACCAGGACAUCUGCUACUACUCCGAGCCCAAGCAGAUGCCGAAGAAGAAGAGCCUCGAGGAGGUCGAUCCCGAGAUACUGGAGACCUUCCGCCGCCUCGGCAUCCCCCUGACGGAACAGAAGCGGCUGGCGAACGUCGCCGUCGACGCCGUCUUUGAUAGCGUCUCCAUCGCCACCACCCACCGGAAGACGCUUGAGGCCGCCGGUGUCAUCUUCUGCUCCAUCUCGGAAGCAAUCCAGGAGUACCCCGAUCUCGUGAGGCGGUACCUCGGCAGCGUCGUACCUCCCGGCGACAAUUUCUUCGCUGCCCUCAAUUCAGCCGUGUUCAGCGAUGGCUCAUUCUGUUAUGUCCCCAAGGACACCGUCUCCCCUAUGGAUAUCUCAACCUAUUUCCGGAUCAACGCCCUCGAAACUGGACAGUUCGAGCGGACUCUGCUCGUCGCCGAUGAACGGAGCUACGUUGGUUAUCUGGAAGGUUGCACGGCGCCCUCCUACGAUCGAAACCAGCUCCAUGCUGCAGUAGUGGAGCUCUACUGUGCAGAGGGUGCCGAGAUCAAGUACUCCACGGUGCAAAACUGGUAUGCUGGUGAUAAGGAAGGAAGGGGUGGAAUCUUCAAUUUUGUAACAAAGAGGGGAUUGUGCGCCGGAAACCGAUCGAAGAUCUCGUGGACGCAGGUGGAGACAGGUUCGGCUAUUACCUGGAAAUACCCGAGCGUCGUCCUUAGGGGGCACGACACAAUUGGGGAGUUCUACUCGGUUGCACUUACGAACAACUGCCAGCAGGCGGACACAGGGACAAAGAUGAUACACGUGGGGAAGAACUCGAGGAGUAGAAUCGUUUCGAAGGGGAUUUCGGCAGGGCAGUCCAGGAAUUGUUACAGAGGGCUUGUGCAAAUGCAGCCUGGUGCCGAUAAUGCGAGGAAUUUUUCUCAGUGUGAUUCGUUGCUAAUUGGCGACAAUGCUGCCGCCAACACAUACCCUUACAUUCAGGUGAAGAAUCCCUCAGCUCGUGUUGAGCAUGAGGCUAGCACUUCUAAAAUUGGUGAAGAUCAGUUAUUCUAUUUUCAACAAAGGGGCAUUGACAACGAAAAGGCUGUUGCUGCCAUAAUUGGUGGGUUCUGCAAGGAUGUCUUUAAUGAGCUUCCGCUUGAGUUUGCAGCUGAGGUGAACCAACUCAUGAGUUUGAAACUAGAAGGGACUGUUGGGUAGGCCUAACAGCCAUAGGAUGAGCACCAUUUUGUGUAUUUUUCCGUAUCACGUAGCCACUUUAUGUGGUCAAGAUGUAAAUGAUGUACCCAUAUCUGUGGGGACUUGGAAGUAGCUUGCUUGGAAUGGUGGUGGUAAUGUAACGCAGUCCUGAUCGCUCUGUACACGCAUGUAACAUAAGUAGCUUAUUUUGAAGUGUUUGUAAGGCUGCAAAUCAACUUGGUGAUUAUCUGCCUUGACGCUUAUUAUGGUAGCUGAGAAAUCAUUUUCUUUUCCCCUUCCCUUCAGUGGGGGA